CUCCGGCCAGGCCCCGGGGGCGGGGCGAGGGCCCGCGGGGCCUUGUGGGAAGGUCCAGGGAGGCGGGGCGGCGCGAGUGGCGGCGCGUCUGAGCGGCUGCUGUUAGAAGUUGGUUGUUCAAAGCUCUACAGGCCAUAAUGACUUCCAGUAAAGCAAUUGAAUUACAACUGCAAGUGAAACAAAAUGCAGAAGAAUUACAAGACUUUAUGAGGGAUUUAGAAAACUGGGAAAAAGACAUUAAACAAAAGGAUAUGGAACUAAGAAGACAGAGUGGUAUUCUUGAAGAGAAUUUACCUCCUAUUCGAAAUGGGAAUUUUAGGAAAAAGAAGAAAGGCAAAGUUAAAGAGUCUUCUAAAAAAACCAAGGAGGAAAACACAAAAAAUAGGAUAAAAUCUUAUGAUUAUGAGGCAUGGGCAAAACUUGAUGUGGACAGUAUCCUUGAAGAGCUUGAUAAAGAAGAUACUACCCAUGAUUCUGUGUCUCAAGAAUCAGAGUCAGAAGAGGAUGGGAUUCAUGUAGAUGCACAAAAGGCUCUUGCUCUAAAAGAAAAGGGCAAUAAAUACUUCAAACAAGGGAAAUAUGAUGAAGCAAUUGAAUGCUACACAAAAGGCAUGGAUGCUGAUCCAUAUAAUCCUGUGUUGCCAACAAAUAGAGCAUCAGCAUACUUCAGAUUGAAAAAAUUUGCUGUUGCUGAGUCUGAUUGUAAUUUAGCAAUUGCCUUAAGUAGAAGUUAUACUAAGGCUUAUGCUAGACGAGGUGCUGCUCGAUUUGCUCUGCAAAAAUUAGAGGAUGCUAAAAAAGAUUAUGAAAAAGUAUUAGAAUUGGAGCCAAAUAACUUUGAAGCAAUGAAUGAACUCAGGAAAAUUAAUCAGGCUUUAACAUUCAAAGAAAACUCAUAUCCAGAGGAAGCUGCUAUAGUGACUGAGUCAACUGAUGGAGAAAAAAAACAUAUUGAAGAACAGAAAAAUAAGCAGCAGGCCAUUACAGAAAAAGAUCUGGGGAAUGGAUUUUUCAAAGAGGGGAAGUACGAAAGAGCAAUCGAAUGCUAUACUCGAGGAAUAGCAGCAGAUGGUGCUAAUGCCCUUCUUCCUGCUAACCGAGCAAUGGCCUAUCUGAAGAUUCAGAAAUAUGAAGAAGCUGAAAGAGACUGCACACAAGCCAUUUUAUUAGAUGGCUCUUACUCCAAAGCUUUUGCUAGAAGAGGAACUGCAAGAACAUUUUUGGGAAAGAUAAAUGAGGCCAAACAAGAUUUUGAAACUGUGUUACUUCUGGAGCCUGGAAAUAAGCAAGCAGUAACUGAACUUUCUAGAAUUAAAAAGGAAUUAAUUGAGAAAGGACACUGGGAUGAUGUCUUUCUUGAUUCCACACAAAGACAAAAUGUGGUAAAACCCAUUGAUAAUCCACCUCAUCUUGGAUCAGUUAAACCACUCAAGAAGGUUAUUAUUGAAGAAACUGGUAAUUUGAUACAGACUAUUGAUGUGCCAGAUAGCACUACUGCUGCUGCUCCAGAGGGUAAUCCUAUUAAUCUAGCAAACGUAAUAGCAGCCACAGGCACUGCUGGUAAAAAGAAUUCAAGCCAAGAUGACCUUUUGCCCCCAAGUGAUACUCCACGAGCAAAAGUUUUGAAAAUAGAAGAAAUCAAUGAUACUUCAGCCUUGCCACCUCGAGUCAGUUUGAAACAGGACAUUAGCCAGUCUUUGAGUGAGAAGAUUUCUAUAAAGGGAGAACAAGUACCUGCUAAGUUUGUCACAUCUGCUCUGCCUCCAGUUCCUGCCAACUCAUUCCAGCUUGAAUCUGAUUUCAGACAACUGAAAGGUUCUCCAGAUAUGUUGUAUCAGUAUUUAAAGCAAAUUGAACCAUCAUUGUAUCCUAAGUUGUUUCAGAAGAAUCUAGAUCCAGAUAUAUUCAACCAAAUCAUUAAAAUUCUGCAUGACUUUUACAUUGAGAAAGAAAAGCCAUCACUUAUUUUUGAAAUCUUACAAAGACUUUCUGAACUAAAAAGGUUUGAUAUGGCAGUAAUGUUUAUGUCAGAAUCUGAGAAAAAGAUUGCACAUGUAUUGUUCAAUCACAUAGACAAAUCAGGAUUGAAAGAUAAUUCUGUUGAAGAACUCAAGAAAAGAUAUGGUGGUUGACAUCUAUUUUUACUAAAAGUAUUGUUUUUGACUUCCACAUGUAAAUUUUUUUCUACUGAAAAUAUAAAGUGUUUUGCUUUUUCAGAAACCAUAUAGAAAAGGACUCACUUUGGACAUAAAUUAAUUAACUAUAAAGUGAAAUGUGAGAAUUGUAUUCUGGUGAACUAUUUGUAAGUCUUUCUAAAAAUAAAAAUAUAAAUAAUGGCA